GAUAACCUGAGUGUUUUUUUUUUCGUAUGAAGAAAUUCCCCUAAGCUUCGCUUCUUUUUAUACUAUCCCGUACUAAAUUUUAUUUGUGGAGACAGGGAUUCAAAUUCAAAUUCACUUCCAGAGGGGAUCCGAGGAGGAAAGCGGUGGAGAUUAGAUACGUUGAGAUAGGGGCAUUCCUGUACUUGUACGCUCUCGUUGCCUUCGUCUUUAUUUGUUGCCCAACAUAUGGAGUAAUAAAAUCCCAAUUUUAUUUCUUUCUUCUUCUUCCCCAUCUCUAAAUCCGCUUCUUGUGGCCGUUGUGCUCUACACCACUGCAGCAGUCUUGGCUACAAACCUGUGAAAAUCGCCGCUCCCAGCAACUUGCUAGAUAUCACCUCUCCCAGCAACUUGCGAGCUAUCACAAAAGCAACAAAGAGAAAUCUCAAACCCUCAUCUAGACCUGGUUAUCUUGAACACAAAAGUAUCAGUAAGGGAAAUUGGCAUUGCACUAAAGUUAACAUUUGCUACUGGGAGGCGAGCACAGUUCUUUUUGAAAAGUUUGGCUAUGGCAACCAACGAAAAUCUCCCACCGAAUGUGAUCAAACAGUUGGCUAGGGAAUUGAAGAAUCUUGACGAAACCCCCCCUGAAGGCAUUAAAGUUGUUGUAAAUGAUGAUGACUUUUCUACUAUAUAUGCUGAUAUUGAAGGACCAGCUGGAACUCCGUACGAGAAUGGUAUCUUUCGCAUGAGGUUGAUACUAUCUAAUGAUUUCCCACAUUCACCUCCUAAAGGAUAUUUCCUGACCAAAAUUUUCCAUCCAAAUAUUGCCGCGAAUGGUGAGAUUUGUGUAAAUGCUCUGAAAAGGGAUUGGAAUCCAAAUCUUGGCUUAAGGCAUGUGCUCAUGGUGGUCAGAUGUUUAUUGAUAGAACCGUUUCCUGAAUCAGCAUUAAACGAACAGGCUGGGAAGAUGCUUCUUGAUGACUAUGAGGAGUAUGCUAAACAUGCAAGGCUAUAUACCGGGGUUCAUGCUAUGAAACCAAAGCAGAAACAAAAAGGUGGGGCCAUCUCUGAAUCAACUACUGCACUGAAUGUUGAACAUAAGACGAAUUCUGCAUCGGUCAUUGUUGAUAAGAAGAGUUCGGGUAUGAGUGUUCCUCUCCAACAACCAUCUUCGCUUGCCCCUUUGUCGAAAGGAGGGAACAGCCUGGACCCACCAGCAAUGCCGGUAGCUGCUGCCCAAAAGAAGGAAGGUGCUGGGUUGGGAAAGGUCCAUCAGGUUGAGAAGAAGAAGAUGGAUGCUAGGAAAAAGAGUUUGAAGAGAUUAUAGAAUUGCUUGCUGUGUUUCCAAACGGCAGCCUGUUGUCAGUCUUUCUGUUUUACAGUUAGGGGAAAAACUAGUUCCAAUAACAGUUUGGUUUCCUCGCUAUGCAUUGAACUCAUAACAAAUGUUUGUACCAUUAUUCUCCACUUUAAAUGACUUCAAUUUAUUUAAUUUAACUAUCUCUCGAAUUGAUCAUUUAGAGUUUUUUCACAUUUAUUCGACUACUCAAGAUUGAAUUAUGUUCUCAAGAAGCAGGGUAGUUUAAUAACGUGGCCGGUU